UUUUUCCCACGUCUGUUUCAGCUCUCCUGUGGAGUCUGUGUUAUUCUAUGCAAUAACAACUCUUCACAACUUGUUGCUUCAUCAGGAGGGCUCCAAGAUGGCUGUUCGCUUAGCUGGAGGUUUACAGAAAAUGGUCGCUCUACUGCAAAGAAACAAUGUCAAAUUUCUGGCCAUCGUAACAGAUUGUCUACAGAUCUUGGCUUAUGGCAAUCAAGAGAGCAAACUGAUUAUUCUCGCUUCUCAGGGACCAGUCGAGCUGGUGCGAAUUAUGCGAUCAUAUGAUUAUGAGAAGUUGCUGUGGACAACUUCAAGAGUCCUCAAAGUUCUGUCAGUAUGCUCCAGCAACAAGCCAGCUAUAGUAGAAGCUGGUGGCAUGCAAGCCCUGGCCAUGCACCUCGGUCACCCGAGCCAACGGCUAGUACAGAACUGCCUAUGGACACUCAGGAACCUUUCUGAUGCUGGAACUAAGGUUGAUAGUAUGGAAGGAUUGCUCCAGUCAUUGGUAACAUUGCUGACCUCAUCUGACCUUAACAUCGUGACAUGUGCUGCGGGAAUCCUGUCUAACCUGACAUGUAACAACCAACGUAACAAAGUGACAGUGUGUCAGGUGGGCGGUGUUGAUGCCCUUGUCCGCACCAUUGUUAAUGCUGGUGACCGUGAGGAGAUCACAGAACCUGCGGUAUGUGCUCUUCGUCACCUGACAUCGCGCCAUGUGGAAAGUGAGAUGGCACAGAAUGCUGUUCGCCUCAACUAUGGUAUCCAAGUGAUUGUGAAGCUGCUGCACCCUCCGAGCCGCUGGCCCCUCAUCAAGGCUGUCAUCGGCCUCAUCCGUAACAUGGCUCUGAGUCAGGCCAACCACAGCCCAUUACGAGAGAAUGGUGCCAUCCACCACCUUGUACGCCUGCUCAUGCGUGCGUUCCAGGAUACUCAGAGACAGAGGUCAAGCGUGGCGAGCAGCGGCAGUCAGCCGUCCAAUGUCUACGCAGAUGGGGUCAGGAUGGAGGAGAUAGUGGAGGGCACAGUGGGGGCCCUGCAUAUCCUUGCCCGGGAGUCUCAGAACCGUACCAUCAUCCGGCAGCAGAACGUUAUCCCAAUCUUUGUGCAAUUACUGUUCAGCGAGAUAGAGAACAUCCAGAGGGUGGCAGCGGGAGUGUUGUGUGAGCUGGCCACAGACAAGGAAGGCGCUGAGAUCAUCGAGCACGAGGGUGCCACUGCCCCUCUCACCGAACUUCUCCACUCUCGCAACGAAGGCGUUGCAACUUAUGCUGCUGCAGUUCUAUUCCGCAUGUCAGAAGACAAGCCUCAAGAUUACAAGAAGCGGCUCUCUAUGGAAUUGACGAAUUCUUUAUUUAGAGAAGACCAGAAUCUGUGGGCCGGAGGAGAUCUUGGAAUGCCUCCUGAUCUUCAGGAUAUGCUAGAGCCUGAUCAGAUGUUGGAUGCCAUGUACUCUCAAGGGCCUCCCAGUGUACAUAGCAGCCAUGGAGGUCGCCCUUUCUCCCAGUCAGGGUAUGAUCCAGUACUGCUAGACUCCAUGCAACAUGUGGAGAUCCGGUCUCACAACAACUCCAACUAUGGACCAAUGGAAGUAUCCGCUGCUGAUCUAGACUUUGACAACUUGGAUGAAGUGCCUCCCCCACCUCCUGACGGUCAGGUCGCUGCUGCUUGGUACGACACUGAUCUGUAGUUCAUGUUAUAUCCACAAAUGCUGUAAUUUUGUUAUAGUAUAGCUCUAUUUGAUAAUUAACUAUUUUGGAAACAAUUUAACAGCAUAACCAUACAUAAUCUUAAAUUUUUAAAUUAAUUCUUUUUUGGAAUUUCAAGCGAAAUUAUAACUAAAAUGUAAUUUGAAUUUUUAAAACAAUGUAAAAAUGAACAGUGGAUCCUUUAAUAGAAAACUUUUGUUGUAAGUUUAACCAAAUGUAUUGUAAGCGGUAAAAAAAGUCCAUUUUAUAACAAAUUUACCUUAAACAGUUAAUUAGCUAUUAAGAUUCUUCAUAUUAAUUUUAAGUCUUCCUUGCUAUACUUCAGCAUAACAUAAACUAUUUUAAGAUGUUAUAUUUUUUAUAUGUAUCAACAUAUUUUAUACAUUGAUUCUUGUUAGUAGUAUAAUGUAUUUAUUAUAUUAUAACUUUAUAUUUUUGGAGAACAUUUAUAUUCAUGUAUCGUUUGUUCUUACCCAAGAAAAAGUAGUAAUGGACUGUAGGAUUUGUUAUAUUGAUAUAUAAGAAAGUGUAUCCCUUAGGUUUUAAUCAUUGUUUCAUGGAUAUAUUUAUAUAUAAUCUUUUAUGAAGUAUUAUUAGACUUUUGUAGGAAGUUUCAGUUCUAGUUGGAAAUAAAUUCAGUAUACAUUUUAUGAAUUAUGAAAUAUAGUAAUAAUAAAAUGAAAAGAAUAAUUUUGUAUGUGCUAUGAAAGAGAUAAUUGGACCAAGAAAUUAUUAAUUUUUUAUACUAAUCAAAUUUAUUGUUGUGAUAAAAUAAAAAAAAUAAUUUAUAAAGUUGUAUAAAAUAUGCAUAUUAAAACAGGGUACAAUAAAUAUUUCUAUUCUAA